UUCAUCGAGUGUAAAAGGGGAACAUUGCUCUACUCUGCGUGGUUUGAUGAUCGAUAUGCUGAAAAUUAUAUCCAGGUUUUGUUAAUGACUUCACGCAGAAAACAACCACCGCCUCUCUCAUGUCGUUUCCAAAAUGGGUCAACUUCUUCUAUCUCUGUAGGAGCUGUUACUCCGUAUUAUGAAAUCAACAAACGAUACAGCAACAAACGUUAUGGUCUCUUUGUAGCGUCCUGCAUUCUUCCGAAAGAUUUGGUCAGCUUACCGAAAAUUGUUAACAUCUCGAUAGCUAACGAAUGUACGGUUGUUUUACCUGUGGGAAACACAAGGAAAGAGACAUCUUGCAAGAGAGAUUACGGAAUUUGCAUUCCUCCGAUAUUUGGAAAUAUUCGAGUCGCCGAUGUAGUUGAGUUUCUAGAAAUGUCGCAACUUUUAGGAGCGUCAUAUUUUACAUUUUAUGACAACAAUAUAUCUCAAAGCGUGAGGAAAGUGCUUACUUACUACGAAAGAAAAGGGUUAGCACAAGUUCUUCCUUGGAGUUUACCCGCUUAUAUUACAGAUCAAGAUGUCCAUUACCAUGGGCAAAUUUUUUCCAUACAAGACUGCUUGUUCCGGUCAAUAAAUCGCCUCAACUUCGUUGCGUUCAACGAUUUAGACGAGUUUAUAAGCCCGCUUCAGAAUAAAAGCAUGCCUUCUCUACUUUACAGUAUCCACGACUCUAACUAUUGCGGCCACUGUUUUACAAGCGCAAUGUUUCCCACUGUAGAUAGCUUGACUCAAAACUAUUCUCUUUUCACUCAAAACGUUCUACAUCGUUCGCCGCAAGCUGAUUCGUCACACACCAAAUGCGUUGAUGAUCCACAAAGAGUGUUUGAGCAUGGAGUCCAUCUUAUCAUGCAACCAUUCGAAGGCUACAAAACUAACCAUGUGAACUGGAACAAAGCUAGAGUUUUCCAUUACAGAAAAUGU